UGUCACCUGGAGGAAUAAUACAGAUAUAGGGUCUCAAAUGCGGUGUUACAAAAAAUCACAUUGAUACAUUGGACCAACUAUUGUGGAAAUGUAUUCAUGUUAGACGCAUUUCUUAUUGAACCCAUUGCUGCGUGGCGCUGUGAGUUCAAUGGUCAUCGCGACGCACACUGCUCGCGCAGCCCAGAACGUCCCACAUACUCGCGCGACAUCAACAACAAUGGCAAACGCAGACGGACAGACCCGCACGCUCCGGAGCUGAAUUCAAGUCACAUUUUUAGUUUUUUUUAAUUAUUUUUAAUUGGCGAGUUUUCUAUUCUUCUUUUUUGGUUUGUUUCGUAAAGCGUGUUCGACUACUGCUAAAUUCCUCGAUUCUUAAUUUCGAAAAUGUGCGAAGCGCUGUUGGCGAGCUCACGCAGUCCGUGCGCGUGUGUCCCUGCUGCUUUUCUGCUGGGCUGCGGCUACUAACCUAGCUGCUCCUCACUCGGUGGUUAGCUAACGUUAGCCUGGCCGCGUUUAUUGACGUGAGGUGGGGGGGGGGACACACCAGCGAAUGUAAAGCGUGUCCGUGCGGUCCGUUUUAUGACAACAACCCGUAACUGUUUUUUUAGUCGUUGCUGUUGGUUACGGUAAGAAGUGUUGCAUGGUUUGUCGUAGAAUAUACUUUGCUGGCUAGCUAACAGGCUAGCUAUUCGUGGGUAUUCUUCGACUGAGGGGAAACGGCGAGUUUUUCUUUCAAAGUAUGGAUGACCAGACCAGGAUGAUGACGGGUCUCACCGGACUCGGUGGACUAGCACAAGCCGAUGUCGGUGACCCGGACUCGGUCCGGAAACAGCAGUCCCUCGGUCAACCUCAACAAGACAUAGGGGAUAUCUUACAGCAAAUAAUGGCCAUCACCGACGAAAGCCUGGACGAAGCACAGGCCAGGAAGCAUGCCCUGAACUGUCACAGAAUGAAGCCUGCCCUCUUCAGCGUUCUCUGUGAGAUCAAAGAAAAGACGGUGCUGAGUAUACGAGGUGUGCAGGAGGAGGACCCCCCGGAUCCCCAGAUCAUGCGGUUGGACAACAUGCUGCUAGCAGAGGGUGUGUCAGGACCGGAGAAGGGUGGAGGAUCGGCUGCAGCGGCUGCAGCUGCAGCAGCAGCAGGGGGCUCACCUACAGACAGCAGCAUUGAACACUCUGACUACAGAGCCAAGCUCGCUCAGAUCCGUCAGAUCUACCACUCUGAGCUGGAGAAGUACGAGCAGGCCUGCAGCGAGUUCACCAACCAUGUAAUGAACCUGCUGAGAGAGCAGUCUCGCACGCGACCCAUCUCUCCCAAGGAGAUUGAGCGCAUGGUGGCCAUCAUCCACCGCAAGUUCAGCUCCAUUCAGAUGCAGCUCAAACAGAGCACCUGCGAGGCCGUUAUGAUUCUGCGCUCACGUUUCCUUGACGCCAGGCGCAAGAGGCGCAACUUCAACAAGCAAGCCACAGAGGUGCUGAACGAGUAUUUCUACUCACACCUGUCCAACCCUUACCCUAGCGAGGAAGCCAAGGAGGAACUGGCCAAAAAGUGUGGAAUCACUGUGUCUCAGGUCUCUAAUUGGUUUGGCAACAAGAGAAUACGUUACAAGAAGAACAUUGGUAAGUUCCAGGAAGAAGCGAACCUCUACGCAGUUAAAACGGCGGUGGAUGCUGCCAAUGUGUCUGCGCAGGCCAGCCAGGCAAACUCUCCGGCAACACCGAACUCAGCUGGGUCACCGGCGUCUUACAGUUUGCCUAACACAGGCGACGCCUACCUCAGCCUGCGUUCCCUCAACGGGGAGAGUCUGAACAUCGCCCCCUCUCUACAGGCGCAGGUGGAUACCCUGCACCGUGCUACACACCUGACGGGCGGCUAUGAGGAGCUGUCGGGUAGUGGCCUCUACACCCCUCAUUGCCUGGAUGCUAACAGCUGGCAGGACACCACCAACCCCCACUCGGUCACUUCUCCUCCCGGUCCUCCUGGCAGCGUCCACUCCGACACCUCCAAUUGAUGUGGUGGCUCUCCCUGCCAUUACUUCAUUCCCACUGCGGUCUGCUCUGACUACCAUCUUCUGUCUUAAUUUUUCUCUAUUCCCUCGUCUCUCAACUGGACAGCCACACAUGGCUGUGCUCCCAUUUAAAAAAAAAAAACCACACACGCACUGUGCUGGGACAGCGGAACAGUGGUUAGCGGUUCUCCCAACAGCUCCACUUCAAUGCUCGAAGCUCUUUAACUCUGAAUAAGACAGGGAUGAGCUUACUGAUGCUGAGACUGAUAAGAAAAAACCUGUUUACUAUCGAGGACGAUGAUCACGAUAUCUGCACAUUGUGCAUACGCACGUUAACGUCACACAGUACUCGCACUGCUUAUCCAUGUGCUGUCGGCCUCUGCUCUCAACCCUUUGCUUUGGAAAACUGCGUGUGAUUGCCUGUAUCUCUUGAAGCCUCGGCGUUUGACAGCCAAACUGUUGAUACGGAUCACCGGGGAGUUCUGCUCACCUUGCUCUUACCAAAGUGCUGCCCAGGUAGUUCUCAACAUCUGUUCCUCCGAGAUCACCCUCUGCCAACUCAAACACGAGACACUGAAAUAUCCCGGAGUCCUUUGUAGCUUGUUGUUUUUAUUCCGUUGGUGAUCCAUAGCACCCAAACCACAACUUUUCAUCGUCGUUUUCAUGGUGCGCUGACAUAAAAGAUGUGUUGAGCACAACAGUUAGCAUCCUUGCUAUGGGUGUUUCUACCUGUGAAAGGGUAGUAAAGGAGAUCACUGUUCUAAACCAGGAAGAUCCGGUGAUAACAGGGCUGGUAGAAGGAGGCGGAGGGAAGGGCAGAGAGGAGAAUAUCUUUGGUUGAGUGGAUGUAACUAAUAGCCCUUUUUGUUGCUAACCAAUAGGGGGGUGUUGGUAGACGGCUUGUAGACUUUACUUCUUGCUUUCUGUCCACUAGUUUGAUUGUAGGCUUUUUUCUAAUGCUGUUUCACCAAGAAUGCACCAGCCGCCACCAAAAAUGAGCUCAAUAAAGCAUCUAGAUGACGUUAGGAGGGUGGAAAGAUUGUGGGGCAUUGAUGUGUUAUUGGGACAAACGUGACUGAAUUUAGAAAAGUGACUGUCUUCCAUGCAUGUAGGACUUUUAGGCGUGAUAUUAUUGUUUUCAUUUAACCUUCCAAGUUUUAAGCUUCGUUUUUAUUAACAAAAAAUAAAGGGUAUAAUUAUUACAGUCAGACCAAAAAGGAAAAGUGCAUCAUGUAUUGCUCUGGUGUGUGUGUCUCUGUGUGGGCGUGUGUACAGUGUUCUUGGGACGUCCCAGUCUAACUGGCUGGUGCCCUCUCACCUUUUGUCAGCAUCAGAGAGAGCGGGUACUCGCACCAGCCAACGACUCACCACGUGGGGUUCAACUGAGAUCUCCCCAUCUUGAAAACAUUUAAGCUUGUGAGCCCAAGGCAACACACUACAACCUUCUGUUGUACCAAAACCAAAAAUGCCACGUUCAGCGAUGUAAUAAUGCUACUCUGUGUGUGUGUGUCUCUCUAAAGUUGGUGCACAGCAACCUUUUCAGUUGGAGGAGAGGAGGGAAUUAUAUUUGUAUCUGUGUCUCUGUGUGGUGUUGUCAUAACUCAAGAUUUUUUUUAUUAUUUGGGGUGGGGGGGAGGAGAGCUGUUGUGGGGCGUCAAUGGGGGGGCGGAUGGAUUGAGGCCUGUCAUUUUGCACCUGUAAUUUGAUUGUGAGCGUAGACGUUAUGCUCUCCCCUAAACUCUUCCUUUAAUACCUUCUGGUAAAACCACAAAUAUCUAGUUUUUACUCGUGUGGCCAAUUGGGCGACGGCUUCUCUCUACUGUUACCAAAAAAGAGGAAGCGCUACAUGUAGUACAACUCUUGACUCGCGUUUAAGACAAAUGUGCUACAUUUUUGGGGGGGAUUUUAAUUCUUUGGAACUUUUUUAUACAUUAACGGUUAUGUGAAUAACAAAGCAUUUUGCUAGUAAGGUAAAGCCUUAUGAAGAUUUAAGUGUCAGUCGAGACCAUAUGUUACAGAACAAAACUUGAGCUUAUGAGUUGUAUCCCACAUCUAUUUACUUGUUUUUACUCAUCGCAGUUCAUACGACUGUAUCUUAUGAAUAACGUUAUCGCCACACCAAAUGAUCAUGUCCCCUCCUUUUUCUACCUGUUGUAAUGGAUGUCACUGUACAGUUUGUGUAAUGUUUCAGUAUUUUUUCUUUUAUAAACUUUGAUGUUUUGGUUGAGAUGCCAGUUUUAUUUGGCCUUUGUCACAGGAUUAACAAUAACUAUCAAUUUUGAAUAUUAUUUAGUACUUUUUGUUACAUAACCGGGUGGCAAUGUAGGGUUUUCAGAUGUACCCGUUGGUGCUGUGGAUGGACUAUUGUGUGUAUUUUGCCGUAUAGAUCUAUUGACAGCCUCAGCUUUUGCCGUUUUCCACAUUUAACAAUGUUUUCCCGCUUGAGAUCAAAGCUGGCUAAAGGAACUUUUGAAACUGUUGAAUAUGUACACUUAAUGUGGUUAAUUAUUGGGCUAGGAACUAAAUGCAAAUACAGAAAACGUACGAGUCUGUAACUUAACAUUCACAUCCAACUGAAAGGACGUUAUUUUAGUUACAGCCUGACGCAGUAACUUUCCCAAUAAAGUCCACGGUUUGAAAUAACUACUGCAAUAAUAUUCAUGCAUGUACACUUUAGUUUAGAUAUAUAACCAGACUUUAUUUUACAAACUUCCACAGCACCAAAUGGUUUCUGAAACCUUUGUUUUCAUUAGUAUAUUUGUAUCUCUCCUCUUUCCCUUGUAUUUACCCCUCUCUCUACCUCUGUCUUUCCAUUCCUCCUGUAUAUAACCCCCACUGUUUUCAGACCUGUGAGUCUGUAUGAACUCCUUUUAUACCUCAACUUUAGAAUUGUUCUAGAAAGAGUAAAACAAAAAGGAAGAAUAUGACAAACUGUAGUGUUAUUAGAAAAUUAAUAAAAUUAUUUAGUGUG